AUGGGUACGGACCGGACCAAGAAAGAAUGGUUGGCUGAUGAGCAUCCGAGCACGAUGACACAGCGGAAGCUAGAUCAGCUGAGAGAGAGGCAUGACAUCCCGAGCAGUGUGAGGCUGAGAGCACCCACAGGGAAUGAGAAGCUGAGCACACCACCCUUUGGCUGGGAAUGGAUGGCUCAGCUCGAAGUGGCCCCUCAUCAUAUGAACCUGAAUGUGUAUAGGACAAUGAGGAGUCCGUACCAUGUUGGCUUUUGCUAUCUGCAAAGUGCGGUGGGGAAGAUGAUUGAGAGCAAUCCCUCUUCCCAAAAGACGUGGAAACCACAUUGGUUAUAUGUGUCGGGGGCGUGGGAAUUUCUCGAAGGGGCAGAGCCGAGGCGACCUAAAAUAUAG